AUGGUAGUAAUACGUCUAAAAAUCAUUACUAUUUUAAUAUUAAGUCUACUUAUUAAUAUUAUACUCGAAUUAAUAUUCAAUUCUGUUUUGAAUUUCUAUCCAAAAGUAACAUUAUGGGAACAUAUUCAAUCAUCAUUAAAAUUAAAAAGAUUGAUCGGUAUCAUUUUCAUAGGAUUAACAUGUUUUGUUUUAUUAUUUGGAAUAUUGAUAACAACAUCUACUCGUGGUAUAUUUAACAUUUACAUAGCACUUUUAAAAUUCUUUGAAUUAAUUCUACCUCUAAUUGAUAUAAUCAAUUUACUUUUGAUUUAUCAGUACAAAAUAAAAUAUUUUACUGAAGAAAACUCAUAUAUUGCUGGCAUAGAAAUGAAAAAGACAACGCAUCCAUCAAUGCGUUUUUUUCUUUCUUUAAAUAUUGCUUUAAUUCGUUUAAUAAUCAAUAUUGAUAUUGUACGUGAAAAAUUUAAUUGUACAUGGAAAAGAAAAGUUAUUAUUUUAUUCGAUUUGUUACUUUCUAUUUUGAUUAAUAUCAAUUUUAUUCGAUAUUCAACUAAAAAUUUAUUUCGUAUUGGACGAAAAAUAAUUUUACCUAUAUUAAUUUAUCAAUUAAAUGGUCUUUUGUUUAAUGAAACCUUUUAUAUAGAUUCAAUGAAAUGGAAUAGACAUAUCAAACAAAAAAUCAAUUCAAUAUUUUUAAUGAAAUCUAUUUUUUCAAUAUUUGAUCGGUUUAAACAUGAAGACGAAUAUCUUAUCUUAAAAUUAAUUGAUUUAUUACACUAUAUACAAUGGAUUAUAUUAUUAUUUUUUGUUUAUUUAUUCGCUUGUUCUAGAUUCCAGUCGAUAAUUAUUGACGGUUAUGAUAGUUUAUUUUCCAUAAGAUAUGUUCAAAUUUUUCUUAAAUCUCAUGGACUUAUUUUAAUGAUGUGCAUAAUUAUUCCUUGCCUUCUAUAUUGUAAUACAUUGCAAAAUAAAAAUGUACUCGACCAAUAUGGAUUUUCACACUAUUUCAUUGGAUUUUAUCCUUCAUCAGGAACAAAAUCGAAUGAAAUAUUUCCUUAUUCAUCAAUACAAAUAAAAACUACAAUUGCAAAAGAUGUUAGAUCAUCACCAAUACUCAUGAAGAAGAAACAACAAACAUGUUCGGUAUGCUAUGAAGAUAAAGAUUUAGAUGAAUUCGAUGAUCUAUUCACUACUAAUUGUCGACAUUUAAAUCGAUCAUUAUGUAAUUCUUGUCUCUUUCGUCAUGUUCAACAAGUUUUUCAAAUAACAUUUACUGAUGAUAUUUAUUGCCCUGAAUCCGAUUGUCGUGUUAGAUUUGAUUAUAGUACAGUAAAAAGUAUUCUCUUCUUAAAUGGUGAUGACAAACUUGUUGAAAGAUAUGAUCGAUAUGUACUUCAUCGACAAUUAGAACAAAUGGAUGAAUUUAUUUGGUGUUCUAAUGUGUUAUGUAAUGUUGGACAAAUAAAUGAGGGUGGUGCACUAAAUAAUAUUGUUACUUGUUUUAAUUGUCAUCAAAAAACAUGUUUUACGCAUAAAAUUAAAUGGCAUGAUAGAUUAAGUUGUAAAGAACUCGAUAUGAGUAUGGAUCCAAUUUAUGAAUCUAGUCGAAGAUGGAUUGUUGAAAAUUCUAAAAAAUGUCCCAAUUGUCCAUAUCAAAUAGAAAAAAAUAAUGGAUGUGAUCAUAUGACUUGUAUCAAAUGUCGUCAUGAAUUUUGUUGGUCAUGUUUAGCAGAUUUUCAACCUAUACGAAAAUAUGGAAAUCAUCGACAUAACCCUACGUGCAAACACUAUGUCUCGUACAAGUGA